AAUAAUUUUUUUUUUGGCUACGACCGUUAUUAUCCAUGCAAAACUUGCUCGAUUUUCACAUAAAACUGUCUCAGGAGACUGGGCACGAGAAACAAGGUCGUGACGUCAAGUUGUUUGAUUGCCAAAGGAGCGAUCAAAGUGUUUUAAGAGGAAACCUCGCGUAGUUGUCAAAAUUCGUCCGUUCCCAAUCCGUUUGUUUCCACGAUGUCCAGUGACUCCGACUCCAGUAGUGAAUCGUGUGGCUCUUCUGAAAGAAUGGAUUGGGAGCAUAGUGAGAGUUCUGAUAGCGAAGCUAUCAGAAUAGAUGGUGUUAUCGUCCCGUAUCAAGACGAGCCGCUUGCUGAUUGUAUCGAAGAAGAAUCAUCGAACGCAAGUGAAGAAACGGAUAAUGACGGACUUAGCCCUUCGACUUUGGAGGCUAGAUUUGAAGGAAAUGCGUGUGUGGAUUCCUGGUGUCAAUGCGAGCAAUGCAACAAUGAGCUGCUAGUCGGUGCUCUCGAGUUUCGAUGUUGUAGAGAAGUAACUAAUUCAUCCGCAAAGAUGCUUUUUGAUGGUUCUAUCGAACGAAUCAAGUGCAUUACCGAACACGAAGAUUACGACGCCAUUACGAACCGCGCUGUCCUUUUGCAAGUCGCUCCCCUCCUCAGAAACCAAGAUGGAGGAAUUUAUCGUCGCCGCAAUGGAGUGUCAGAAAACGAGUUCAUCAGAGCUGUUGCAUAUAGAUGGAUCACCAGGUGGCUUUGUGGGUACAUUGGCCGAGAUAACAGAAGACCACUACCAGCUUGUGUUUAUCACAGUAAAAGGAAAAAGUACAACACACGACAACACAAAGGAUAUGCCAAUUUCCAGGAGCAUUGAAUUCGAGCAAAAAUAAUCCAUGAGUCCAUGAAGAAAAACUUGUGAUUAAAAAAAUGCUCCCAGUCCAGUUUCAUUCAUCUGGGCUCUAUCAUUUUACAUAUACUUAGGAUUAAAUUAAUAAUAAUGACCAUGAAACAGUUGAUUUGGAAAAAAAACUGCUAGUCACUUUAUUUGCUACUUUUCUUCUGGUGAGCAUGUGAUGGCCUCUUGCUUUUGCGUGGGCGUCUAGAACUAGAUAGACUAGUGCUUGGUUGAGUGUUGACAUCAGCUUGAUGUGAAGUUUGUUCUGAUUCUAUAGGAAAACAAUAGUUAUAUAGUAUGUGAGUGCAUUUUUACAGUAUGUGUGUUACCGUGUAGGCCCUAUGAAAGUUAGUGUUUAAUCCUGUAAAUGUGCUUCAUCCUUACCUGCCUUGUGAUCGGAAAACAAAAUUCAGAUUUCACAAAAAGCCCAUAUGCUUGUGUCUUGAUGUUAUUCAAACCUUUACGCAUGAACAGUGUCAGUCUGCGCCGCUUACGUGGUAUUUUUUUAACGCCUGGACAGUUUCAGUCAACAAAAAGGCACAUGAGAUAUACUAAAGUAAAUAUCUGAUUUGCGUUAAGAACGGUAGCGAUCUGUGACAACGCCUAAGAACAAAGAAACAAAGAUGGCUACGGAAGGUAAGCACUCUUAUGGUCCUUUUUCGAUCGUUCUUUCCAAAGAAUACUCAACGAGAAAGAAAAUGGGGAAAGAUUGCCUAAUAAGGAAAGAGUACCAUUUAAUUAUGCAUUCCACUGUCUUUCACGACAAAACUUUGAAAACAAAGUCUACCAGUCUGAAUGCAUAAUUAAUGUUGGGGUAGUAUGGUACUCUUGUCCCGUAUAACCCCAUACCAAUAAAAAACAAAGCCGUAGUCCCAAAGGAAAUCUGUUGUUUCGCCUCUGCUUUCCUCUAUCCAAGAACUGAAUGCAUAAUGAAGUAUGGGGUUAUACGGAAAUCUUGCCAGAAAAGGGCCUCUUAGUCGUUAAAGUGACGAUGAAGAUGGUCCUAAUGAUCCAUAGUCGUUUGAUCAGAGACAUCAGUUUAAUUGAACCACAAGGAUAUCGAUAUUGAUCGAGGCGAGAAUGUUGUUGAGAUGGAGAUCAUCUUGUCCAUCUUCUUUGUGUAGAAAGCGAAAAACCUGGGAGAACUCCUUACAUUGUGAUCGUUGUGGACACGGCCUGCGGCUCUCUUAAUUUGAACUGGGCAUAAUUUAUUUUCAAGUUCCCAAGUAGGUGAGAUUACCAAAAAAAAUUGCUCGAACCAGAUAAUUGAAAUUGAAGUACAAUGUUUUUUUUUAUAUGUCGUGUCAGCAGAAUUUCAACUUCUAGUUCCUCAUAGUUCUAAUUUACUCUGCAAAAUUAAAAAAGUUUGAUUUAAUUCAUGAGGUUGAAAGAAAGAAACUAGUGAGUAACAAACAUACUGCAUGUUGUAAUUGUAAGUUGCUCGUCAAUUGUAUUGAGUAAAGUUUAAAAAAAUUUGGUGACAGAAACAUGCACAGCUGAUCGAAUUUUUCUUAACUGUAUGUUCACUUCAAAAUAGAACCAUUCCCUCGCUGUAUCAAUUAUGGAAAAUUGAAGUUUAAUUCUGAAUAUCAACUUAUACACAUAAUUUGUUGGAGUAUUUCAGUGGAGAGCUGCAUUGAGCUUUCCAAACAUUUACCGGAAAAUAUAAUUUCAGACUUUUGGGUUUUUAA